UAUACGUGUGACAAGAAUUGAGUGUACAACGCGGUGGAUUUUUUUUUAAAAAGUGUGAUAAAUUGAUGGUUUCAUCUCAUUAUACAUUUGAAAUAAUGUGAGAGAAGUGCACGUUAUCACAGAGAACUUUCAGUAAAUUGUUAAACAAUUAUGAUCGCGAUUUAUACAAUAAAUGCUCCGAGUAUAAUUAACACAAAGAAUUUUAAAACACUGGUCGAUCGCGUUUUGUAUCUAAUGUGCGGAAAACAAGAAAAGCUGAAUAAUGAGCAUGGUGAAAGAUCAUCUGCCAUUUAUAAUAAAAUAAACAGGAACACAACAUGUAAUAAAAUAUCUAUAAAUCACCUGAUUUUUUCUGACGGUCUAGUAUUUCUCUACUUUCCAUCGGUCUUAAAGGCGAAAUGGCAUAAAUUGAUCUCAAACAUUGAAAACGGUUUUUAAUAACUGACUUUAAUUAAUAAGUGUUUAUUUUUUGAAUGGGGUAUGAUUUUCAAGAAAUAAGUGUUAAAAUUUGGAGAGUGUCUCAGCAUUGCUGACGGAUAUGCGGGACAGAGAAUCGGUGAUAAGGUGCGUGAUAUCUGUGCCUGGUGUAUGUUCAUGUAUUUGUAUUUACCCAUGGAAAUAAACAUACAUAAUUAAGCGUAUGCCGUUCUACAAGCGAAGAAAGCUGUCGCUGGAUGAGCAGGAUGGAAAAGAAGUUGACCGAAACAGCGAUGGAAAACAGGGAAAACAAGGAUCGUCAGGUUCGGGUAAGCCUCCAUCCCUGCCCGAGCGCCGAUGUUCAAGGCAUGAGAAAAGAGCAGAUAUGUCUUCUCCAGCAACGACACUUGUUGCUGACGACGACAACGGCACUGAUGGAACGACUCCCGGAACAAGCGACACAUAUGGGAGAGUGUCUUCUAGUGGACGUGUCAUAAAGCAGACAAAUAAAGGGAAAAUCUUCAGUGCAGCAUUGUUGGUUGCUCAAGCUAAACAGACUAAUUCGCAAACAGGCAAAGUAACCAAGGCAGUAACCCCAGUGAGAGGCCAGAAAAAGAAGAAGCGGCGUUCUUGGGAAGUAUGGAGGAAUUUCGAGAAAGAUUUGUUUUUUGAGGGUCUUUUUGAGCAUGGCAAAGAUUUUGAUGCUAUCCAGAAUCUGAUAGCUAGUCGCUGCAAAAAACGUGGUAUAGAUGGUUCCAUUGUGAAGAAUAAGGACCAGGUGCGAUACUUUUACUACCGGACAUGGCAGAAGAUUGCCAAGUUUGUCCACUUUGAUGAUGAGGUUAAGAAAGAAACACAGGAAAUAUAUGGACUCAUAAAUUAUGGGGUUCUGCGAAAAGCUUUUAAAGGUUUGAAUGAGACUUCGGCUGUUCAUUUGAAUGAGCUGAUCCAUUCAGGAGUGAGCAAAGUGAAGGAAACUAUUGGUGUGGGGAAGAAGAAGAAAAGGAUAAGAAGAAUGCUGAGAACGCCAGUGUGUAGUGCCUUGAAAAAACUAAACAACAUUGAAGAAUCAAAGGAAGAGGCAGUGGAACUGCCAGAACAAAUAACAGUGGAAAUGGUGCCCCGAACUACAGCAGCUUGGCUUCGAGUCCAGAAUAUUUGUCAGAAUCCGCGUGUCCGCUUUCAUGUUUCAGUUAAUCGGAGUCUGGCAUCCAUCACUGAACACUUGCAAAAAAAGUGGCGAGAUCCUACUGACAGACUUCGCAGCAGUAUUAGUGGCACGGAGGUGGAGGAGAAGGAAGAAUUGGUAGUGUUUCUACAUCACAGCUACACCCUCACUCCGAUAACCAUCGCCCCACACCGCACCACCAGCAUUGAUCAGAUCACUUACUCCAGCUACAGGGAAAAUAUUUUAGGUAAAAGAGCAAAAAAAGCAAACGAAGAGACAAAAGUCACUUGUGAUGAAGGGAAACAAGCCAGUGACAACUCUUCUGAUGUUGAAAUGGUCGCAGUACAAGGAGAUCAAAGUAAUGAUGCAAAGAACAGCAUGCCUGAUCACUUGUUUCAAAAGCCUUCACUGGAGCGUACUGUAGGGCAGGUGCCUCUUCCAUCUUCAGUGUUUUCUACAGAUGAGAAUGCCAUGUUUCCAGACGGCCCUCUGUUUUCCUCUCCGCAAAAGACUGAAGUUUUAUCUGAGGCCAAGCAGGCAGUCAGCUCAGACUUAGCUGGUGAUGCAGCGGCAGCUGGCAGUGAAGUGUGCAAUGAAAACAAACAUCGUUCGGAAGCACCACCUUGUGAGCUUUCUCCUCAUUCAAAAGACAAACGCAGCUGGAGAGACGUGGAGUGUGAGACAGACAUGAGACAUCUGACAGACUCUGCAAUGAAGGGAUUUACACAACAUUCAGCCAGACUGGUGACUUUGGCACAGUUGUCGCUGAUGUUGGAAAAGAAAGGACAUUUUAUGUUGGAGUAUGAGUGGAGACCAAGGAGCUCUGCGGGCAUGCCACUCCGAGCGUGUGACGUGGGUGUGAUGUCUGAUGUGGACAAGCUAACCAACAUGCUGAGGAGGCUGGCCAACAUGGCAACACUUGAGUACAGAGACAUGUCUCAGAGAAUACGCCAGGCAACUGGGGCCAAGAUGUCACAGUGUACUUUGUGUGGCCACCAACUGGAACGCACUUCAACCUCACGCAGAGUAAAAACAUCUGAUGCUGCUUCUGAAACAGAUCCUUUGACCCUGGAGGCAAUAGAACGGUUAGUGCCAGGUGCAAGCAAUUUACUGCAGCCUGCCAAACUCAACAGCAAUGGAACCAUUGUUGGACUUUCUCCUUCCAAUCUGUUAGGAAGCACCCGUGAGUUGACACCAGACACAGAUGGAGUAUUCAGAGUCCCCAUGCCAUUGCCUCUUGUCCGGCACAGUGGACAGCCAAGACUGAUUUCCCAGACAUCAGUCAGUCAGCUAAUCCGUCCCCCAGAACCAAGAGUUGCAAAGUCUAACUUUUUGAUUCCAAGAAAGAGGAAAAGAACUCAUAAGCCAAUGAUUGUUCAGCGCACGCUGCUUCCCAAAAUGCCCAGUGAGCACCUCAUCACUCUUAUGCCCCCUUCCAGCACCUUUGCCUCUCAUCCCAUUGUCAUGGCAACAGAUCCUGCUGUUGUCAGUCCUCAAGUGCCUGUCUCACAAGUAGAGGUGGCUCAAGGCAGUCUGGUGUGUGCAGCUCCCCAAAUGGUGUCAGCAUCAGGUAUCAUGGACGGGGCAUCACAUCUGAAUACUUCGGACUUGUUCACUUCCAAUAUUGAAAUGCCUACGUCCUCCACUCCUAGUGUAUCAGGGCAGGCCUUGAGUCAUGGGAACAUUUCACCACCUUCUCUGUCUUUUCUGGACAUCUCUCUGCCUGGAACAUCCAGUCAGGUACCUGACAGUGGAGACAAGUUUCUGGACAUGGUUAUGGUCAAUGGAAGUACAGGUUUCACAGGUUUGUUGAAGUCUAGCAGACUUGACCAGGCUUCCUCCGCAGUCACCAGCAACACCCUUAGUACACCUCCACAUAGUCCCACUUCCUCCCCUCUCAAGAUUGGUGCCGACUCUCAGUGGCUGGGUGGAGAAGCUGUGGACAUAUCACUAGGCAGCCUGCUGGAUACACCACUGAAGAAAUCAGGAGACAGAGGAAGCCCUACAGUAUCCAGCAUAUCCUCCACCCCUCAGUCAGCAAGCAUUGCUUCUUUCAUCUUAGCACCUCCAACCUUGUUUGGGGAGGGUUCACAGGACUCCAUUGUUGCAAAAUUGGAUGUGGAGACAGCUUUGCAGAGUGUUAUGACAGAGAGCUCUAUUGAUUAUUCCUGCAAAUUUGAAAAACUGGCAGCUCAUUUGGCUGAAGGCGCAGAUUCCACACAGCCUGGUAUUUAAGGAAAAUGAUUAGACAAGGAAAUUUUCGUGCUGGAACAUUUUUGUGGGUCAAUAUGAAGAAUGUUCAGUGUUUCUCUGGAUGUCCAUGCAAAAUUCAAGUGUGUUAAAAAUGUAUUGGAAGGAACAUGACGGGCAAAACUGACAACGUUGGCUUGUUGUGAUGUUUCAUUUUUGAUAAAAAUCAGAUAGCAAGAAGAACAUUGGCAUUGUUUUGAACAUUUCUGCAGAACGUUUCACUGCUGGUUUGUGAAAGUGUUUCUGGGCAGCUGUCCAAACCAUGUCUUGAAAGUUGCUUAUUGUCCUUAAAGUUAUUACAUUUAAAGGACGAAAAAUAGAUUAUCUGUAUGCCUGAACAGACUUUCUAUUAACUAUAACCGUGAACAAGGGAUUUGUAUUUAAAUGCAAAUCUGAAUGAAGAAUCAACUUUAUACUGUUUUCAAAUGAGUUUGAAUCCAAGUAUUUUGCUUAAAUAUUUAUAUUUAGGUGCCUUUACCCUAAUCUUUUUUUGCAGUUUUGUGGAUCUUUAGAUGCAGAAUGUGUCGGGUAAAAUUUAUAUUUGUUGCAGCAAAGGAUGUAAAGUGACAUUUACCUGCAUGCAAGAGGUGCAAAACAAUGUUCCAUAAGUUUUAACUCUUAAAGUUCUGCCACAUAUGAAUAGUUUAUAAAAACACUCAUUUACUUUGUAGGAGAGCAAAAGUGUAAAACAAUAACUUUCGGGCCUUCAAUUCUUUGUUCAGUUACUUCCCUUUACAAGAAAAUCUGGUGCUUUAACUAGGAGAUAUGGACACAGGUAUCAGUAGUGUUUACAGAAGCUGAAUUGUUUUGGAAUUGAUGUGUAGUUUUAUAAGGAAAUUUAUCCCAAAUUUAUAAAUAGAACUCAUAAAUGCAUUACCCAAAAAAAUUGGCACCACCUUACCAUGGUGUUUUUUACAGUUAAAGUACCCAUAUGGGUAUGAGAAAGGGAAAAUGUUUGCUGAUGGCUGCUGUGAGUUGUAGGCGGAGGCUGUUUCAGUAUUCAUCUUUAUAGAAAGUGUUGCAUCUUUAGAAAUUGGUUUGAUUUGCUGUGAUUAAACAACUUGCUUGUUUGUUGA